AUGUGUAUGUAUGUGUAUAUCGGGUUGAGUUUUUCUGAAAUUAGAUUAAAAAUUCAGAGAAGAACAGGGGAAAGAGACAAUAAAAGCACUACAACAGAGCCAAGCAAACACAAGAUGGCCUUCAAUCCGCAACAGGGUACGAAACUUUUGAACGUGAUCACGAGAGUGGCAUUACCAUUGGGUAUUCUUGCCACCGGGUUAGAAUACUCUAUGUAUGAUGUUAAAGGUGGAUCGCGUGGUGUUAUAUUUGAUAGGUUGAGUGGUGUUCAGAAACGAGUCAUUGGAGAAGGUACGCAUUUCCUUGUUCCGUGGUUACAAAAGGCAGUGAUUUAUGAUGUGAGGACCAAACCCAAGAGUAUUGCUACUAAUACUGGUACUAAGGAUUUACAGAUGGUUUCAUUGACGUUGAGGGUGUUGCAUCGUCCUAAUAUUAGGGAAUUACCCAAGAUUUAUCAGAAUUUAGGGUUGGAUUAUGAUGAGAAGGUGUUGCCAUCGAUUGGUAAUGAAGUUUUAAAAUCUAUUGUUGCUCAGUUUGAUGCAGCAGAGUUGAUUACUCAAAGAGAGAUUGUUUCUCAAAGGAUUAAGAGUGAAUUAUCGACUAGAGCGGAUGAAUUUGGUAUUAGAUUGGAGGAUGUUUCCAUUACACACAUGACGUUUGGUCCUGAGUUUACCAAGGCUGUGGAGCAGAAACAAAUUGCACAACAGGAUGCAGAAAGGGCCAAAUUUCUGGUGGAGAAGGCUGAACAAGAGAGACAAGCUUCAGUGAUUAGAGCAGAAGGUGAAGCUGAGUCAGCGGAAUAUAUUUCUAAGGCAUUAGCUAAAGUGGGUGAUGGGUUGUUGUUAAUCAGAAGAUUGGAAGCAUCAAAGGAUAUUGCUCAGACUUUAGCCAAUUCUCCUAAUAUUACAUAUUUGCCCGGUCAGCAAGGUGGUCGUGGGAACGAUAGUGGGUCGCCCAAUUCGUUGUUGUUAAACAUUGGUCGUUAA